UGGGCGGCGCUUUAAUGACGUUCGGGUACUCUGUACUCCGUACAUGAGUUUACGUCCAGUGAAUCGCUCAAUGCGCAAUUUUUCAAUAACCAGGUUUAAGGAGGAGGGCUAUACGUUCCAGCUAUUGCCUCAAGGUCAACCCGAACAAUCAACUGGAAUUCAAUCACUCCCUUCUGUCCUACUCCCUGCUGAAUUUCCGGGUUUUUCUUUCGUGGAUGGGGCUAUUCGCCCUAGGCAGUCAGCAAUAUUGCAUCAGACAAUACGAGUACGAACGUUCCCGAUGCUAGCGCUAAUGAAGGUUGUCAAGUAUCAUGAAAAUCUUCCGAAUACGUCUGGCCUGACAUUAUGCUUUUUCUUUUCCAUUUUUCGCUUCCUCCCAAUUAUGUUGGCUGAAAUUUUGGGACACCAUGCAGUUGUGAAUUGUAUGGUAAAUAGUAUAAUAUAUAUGUAUCGUAGACGUUAUCCAAAAUCUUACAAGAGCCAUGACAUCUUAAAACCAUAACCUCAAAUCUGAGCCGUUAAAGAUAAAAAGGAUAUCGCAGAAAUCUGAGGGGCAAGCAAUGAGAUGCUGAUGCAAUGCAGCAAGUAGAACGCCAAAUUCUCCCACCAAGCACCAGGCGACCGUGCAGGAAAAACAGGAAAAAGAGAAAAAAAAAAAAAAACGG